CGUUUUUAUUUGUUGUUAGUUAUAACUGAGAUAGGUAUAAUCGUGUUCUGUAUAUUAGGUGCAGUUGGUAAGGGCAAUGUCCAGUUCGUACCUAAUUUAUCAUACUUUACUUGCGGCUGCGGCUGAGGACGACAAAACAAAAUUACAAAAAAAUAGACCAGAUAAAUCAGCAGAUCAAAAAUGUAGAGUAUGCUGUGAGAAAACUGGAAGCAUCAAACUAUUUAACAAUGAACUCAGGACCAACUUCAUUGGAGAAAUAUACAGCGUCACAGGAGUUCUUUUCUGUUACAUGCAAGACUUAUCAACUUACAUUUGCCAAAGUUGUGUGGACCAGUUGGACAGGGGCUUAAGAUUUCGCGACAUGUGCAGGCAGAGUAAUAGAAUAAUUAUGGAAGUCAAUGUAAAGCAAGAAUAUAACUGUAAUAACGGAGAAACACAAACAGAUAAAAAAUAUAUGAUUAAAAGCCAAUCAAUUAAAAAAGAAGAAAAUAUGUUUCAAGAGAACAAAUGUAGAUCUGAAUCAGUUAAAAAUACCACCACCAAAAAGGUUAAAAUAAAAUCCAACGAUAAAUUUCGGGACUCAUCUGAUAAUUUUAAUGAUGAAGAAUACAAUAGCCAGGAUGUGUUCAACAAAAAAUAUGGAUGCAAAGUUUCCAUGUCUCCCGAGACUCUGAAGAAAAAGAAGAAAAUACCUAAAGAACCAACGCAACACUUAUGCGCCUCUUGUGGCAAGUCGUUCACUAAAUUACACGACCUAAAAAAUCAUAUGGUGAUCCACGAGAAUAUUUUUCCCUUUGCAUGUGACAAAUGUCCGUACAAGGGACGAACGAAAAGCACGCUAGUUGUCCACAUGAAGUCCCACCUGGCCCACAGCGAGCGGCCGCUGUCCUGCCCACACUGCAGCAUUAAAACAACCACCGCCUCCAACUUGAAUGCACACAUUAGAAGAGUUCAUAAUAAUGGUGAAAGAAAUUUUAAGUGUACGCGAUGUGAGAAAGAUUUCAUAAACAAAGGUGAUUUAAGAAGGCAUAUCAAUAUGGUUCACGAAAAUAUGGGCAACACUAGUUGUCAAAUCUGCUAUAAGGUUUUUAAAAAGACAAGCUUGAGGACACACCUUUGGAGGUUUCACAAAAUAAAAAAAGAGAAAUUAUAUAGCAGAAUGCCAGCAUAUUUGCGUUGUAACCAGCCCGAAGAUCAACCGGAACCGGUAGCCACACAACAAUGAAUAUAUCGAUGAUAAAUAUACUUAAUUUAUUACCUACUUACCUAA